AUCUCCGUAUGUAGCACAGAGUGUAAGAGAUAGAGAUGGGUUUGUACCUCAUUUAUGGCCCUACUCCUUCACAUGCAUGCAUUUAAUGCAUCAUCCCCCCUUUAACUCCCCCAAAAAAAAUUUAACUCCCCCCACUUUUAAUUUUUGCAAUGGAAUAAUUAGUAGAUAUAUAGAAGCACAAAAGCCCCAUUGCAAAAGCACUUCUCUUUACCAGGAGAAAAUAAUAAUAAUAAUAAUAAUAAUAAUAAAAGAGAGAAAAUAAGAUCACCAGGUGAUGGAGAUGAGAGGGUGGCAAGAUUUGGGUGUGGUGGAAACAAUUUAUGAAGAUGAUCAAGAAGAGGAGGAAGGAGACGAACCGGAAGAGAAAGAGAAAGAGUGCCUCAAUUCGCCUUCGCUUUCGUCGCCGUCGUCGUCGGCCUUGACUCGUCUCCGCUCCUCUUGUUUGCCGCCGUCCUUGUCGCUACGGAGCGUAGUCUCCGCUUGGUCGCGGGCUAAUGGAUGCAAUACCGACGUCGUGAUCCGAUUAGACGAUCAAUGUUUUCAUCUGCACAGGGAUCCGAUUGUAACGCAUAGCGUUACCUGCGACGCCUGCUAACGGAGUCCUCGACGUCGCCGUGAUCCCGCCGUCAGGGCUGACGGCGAGGCCUUCGCCGCCGCCGUUAUCUCCGGCUACGGCCCCGGCGUCGCCCUCACCCCCUCCACCCUCCCCGCGUGCGCCGCCGCGGAGUGGCUCGACCUCGCCGGCGAUCUGGUGGCGCGCACGGAGGAUACUUCUUCCGGGAGGUGGCGACGGACGCGCGCGCGCGCGGCGGCGGCGCUCCGAUCGUGCGCGGCGCUCCUCGGCGGCGGCGCCGCCCCCCGCGGCGCGCUCCUCGCGCGGUGCGUGGAGGCGCUCGCGGGUGCGGCGGCGCCGGCGCCGGAGACGGGACGGGACGGAGGGGGCGGGGGGUGGCUCGAGGAGGUGGCGGCGCUGCCCCCGGAGGAGUUUGGGGCGGUGGCGGAGGCGAUGCGGGCGCGGUGCGCGCACGACCACGACCUGCUCUAUCGGAUCGUCGAUCACUAUCUUGAGAACCACGAAGACAAGCUAACGGAGGAAGAGAAGUCCCGGCUCUGCUACAGCGUAAACUGCACGAAGCUCUCCCACAGCCUGUUCAUGCACCUCGUGCAGAACCCCCGCCUGCCGCUCCGCUUCGUCGUCCAGGCCAUGCUCGUCGAGCAGCUCAACACCCACCGCUCCUUCUUCCCCCGCACUGCCGCCACCGCCGCCGCAGCGUCCUCGGCCGUCAAGCCGUCGCACAACAACAACAACAACAACAACGGCAGCGGCAGUGGCGGCGGCGUGGCCACCACCCUCGGCGCGAUCCUCAACCGCGACGCGGCGCUCCGCCAGUCGGCGCAGCUCCGGUCCUCCAUGCAGGCCACCAGCUUCCGCAUCGAGGGGCUCGAGCGCGAGAUCGCCGCGCUGCGGCGGUGCCUGCAGUCGGUCGAGGAUGGCGAGCCGGGGCUGCAGGGGUCGUCGGCCAGCUUCCGGAUACUGCCGGACGACGCGGAAGACGGCGGAGGCGCGGAGUGCUCCGGUGCCGGCGGGAGGGAUAGGUGGAGCUUCGGGGCGAAGCUGGUGAGGGGGUUGAAGAGCUUCUUCAAGAAGCCGGGGAGUGCGGCAGCUGCCGGAAGAAGCGGUUUCCGCGGCGGAGGUGGGUGUGAUGGUGGAGGCGGUGUUGUAGGGAAGGAGGUGGUGGAGAUAGAGAGGAGGCCAAAGGGCCACAGGAGGAAUAGGUCUUUGGUGUGAUGUUAGUAUAAUUUUAGUUUAAUUAGCUCGUGAUUUGUUUGGUACCAAAUUUACAUUAGAGUAAUGUUAAUACUACACAGCUAGCUAGGGCUAGUAAUCCAGUUCGCUGUUCACGAGUCAGCUCGAAAGUUAGCUCGAGAUCGAUAUGGCAAUUCAGUUCGCUGUUCGUAAGUCAACUCACAUAUUCGACUCAAAAACAAGCUCAAGACAGAUAUGCUUGUUUAACAAACGAGCCAAACAAGAAUUUAGGUUGACUUGCUUGUAUUCGACUCGAUAUAACUUGAAUAAUAUAUAUACCUAUAUAUUAAAUAAUUUUAUUAUUUGGAUUUUAUGCCAACUUAAAUGU